UCCGUUGGGAAGAAGUAGAUCAUCGCCAGGCAGUUCUCUGGUGAUCUCUCUCGGUUGUACGUGUAGGUUAGCGGUGUCACCACUGGGAUGAAUCCUCCAAGCCUCCACCCCUCUGUGGAUAUAAAUUAGCCUGGAAUAUGAGCCGAAGAAGAAGAUAAACGGCGGUGGCUGGCUUCCUGCUGGAUUUUGCCCAGGCUUUUUUUGUUUUUCCGUGGACAUGCCUGGUCUAUGGAGCAACGCUGAGCAAAGCUAGCUGGCCGACAGACCGGCUAGCGCAACAUUUCCAGGCUUUUGGAUGAUUGUUUAGCUGACGAGCUGAUUUAUUUUGGAUCAGCGCUACCUCCAAGGAGUCAGCAUGGGGGAGCCCAGCCUGGACGACUCCAAUGUCAAGGUGGCUGUUCGUGUACGGCCCAUGAACAGGAGAGAAAAAGAACUAAACACUAAAUGUGUUGUGGAGAUGGUUAAGAACCAGACCAUCCUCCAUCCUGGCGGAGCUAACCUGGGCAAAGCAGACUCCAGGAGUCAGUCCAAGGUCUUUGCUUAUGAUUACUGCUUCUGGUCCAUGGACGAGACAGAUAAGGAGAGAUUUGCCGGUCAGGAGGUGGUCUUCCAGUGCCUUGGGGAAAGUCUUCUCCACAAUGCCUUCCAGGGCUACAAUGCCUGUAUCUUUGCCUAUGGACAAACCGGUUCGGGAAAGUCGUACACCAUGAUGGGUUCAGGGGACCAGCCAGGUCUGAUUCCUCGGCUGUGCAGUGCUUUGUUUGACCGAACCCAGAGCGAACAGCGGGAGGAGGAGAGCUUCACCGUUGAGGUGUCCUACAUGGAGAUCUACAACGAGAAGGUCCGAGAUCUGCUCGACCCCAAAGGGGGUAGACAAACUCUGAGGGUGAGGGAACAUAAAGUUUUGGGUCCCUAUGUCGAUGGCCUGUCUCGACUAGCUGUGGCCAGCUACAAGGACAUUGAGUCUCUGAUGUCAGAGGGAAAUAAGUCUCGGACUGUUGCUGCAACCAACAUGAAUGAGGAGAGCAGUCGAUCACACGCCGUCUUCAACAUCAUCCUCACACACACACUAAAAGACUUGCAGUCUGGGACAAGUGGGGAGAAGGUGAGUCGGUUGAGUUUGGUGGACCUGGCUGGAAGUGAGCGAGCAGCAAAGACUGGAGCAGCAGGAGAACGACUCAAGGAAGGAAGCAACAUCAACAAGUCUCUCACUACGCUGGGCCUGGUGAUCUCGGCGCUCGCUGAGCAGGGAACAGCCAAGAACAAGAACAAAUUUGUUCCUUACAGAGACUCUGUUCUGACAUGGCUGCUGAAGGAUUGCCUGGGUGGCAACAGUCGCACAGCGAUGGUUGCAACUGUGAGUCCAGCAGCAGACAACUAUGAGGAAACGUUAUCGACGCUGCGUUACGCAGACCGAGCAAAGAACAUUGUUAACCAUGCUGUCGUUAACGAAGACCCCAAUGCUCGCAUCAUCAGGGAACUCCGCGAAGAAGUGGAGAAACUACGAGAACAGCUGACCCAGGCAGAGUCUUUGAAGGCGCCAGAGCUAAAAGACCGUCUGGAAGAGUCAGAAAAGUUGAUCCAAGAGAUGACCAUCACCUGGGAGGAGAAGCUUCGUAAAACUGAGGAGAUUGCACAGGAGCGUCAGAAGCAGUUAGAGAGUCUGGGUAUUUCUCUUCAGUCUUCAGGGAUUAAAGUUGGAGAUGAUAAGAGUUUUCUCGUCAACCUUAAUGCCGAUCCUGCCCUCAAUGAGCUGCUGGUUUACUACCUGAAGGAGCACACAAAGGUGGGUUCGGCAGACUCUCAGGACAUCCAGCUGUGCGGGAUGGGUAUCCAGGCAGAGCACUGUGUCAUCGACAUUACAACAGAUACCACUGUCAUCCUCACACCCUACCGCAAUGCUCGGACAUGUGUUAACGGUUCUCCAGUGACCAGUGCUCUGCAGCUUCACCAUGGCGACCGAAUCUUCUGGGGAAACAACCACUUCUUCAGGAUCAACCUGCCUAAGCGGCGUUCUCGAGGAGCUGAGGAUGAGGAUGGUGAGGGUGGCGUGAUGAAGAACAGCGGCAGCAGUGAGCAGCUGGAUGCAGAUGGUGACACAGCCAGCGAAGUGUCCAGUGAAGUCAGCUUCUCUUAUGAAUUUGCCCAGACGGAGGUCAUGAUGAAGGCCUUGGGUAACAAUGACCCAAUGCAAGCAGUCCUGCAGUCUCUGGAGAGGCAGCAUGAAGAAGAGAAGCGCUCGGCUUUGGAGCGACAGAGACAAAUGUACGAGCAGGAGCUCCAGCAGCUUCGCAAGAAGCUAAACCCAGACCGUCUGUCCACCGGCCCCUCUGCAGGGCCCGCAUCAGGCCAGCAGGGUCCAGGAACGCAGUCUCACUACCGCAGCCUCGAGAGACUCAGUAUAGGAGGGAUGAGCCAUUCAACCAGUGCUCAGAGCAGGCUGAGGCAGUGGAAUGAGGACAGGGAAGCGGUAUUGGUUAGGAGUCUGCGGCGGUUGAGGGAGCAGAUAGUAAGAGCAAACCUCCUGGUACAAGAAGCCUGUUUCAUCUCUGAUGAGCUAGAGCGACACACCGAGUAUAGAGUCACUCUGCAGAUCCCAUCGGACAACCUCAACGCCAAUCGCAAGAGGGACGCAGUGCUCAGUGAACCAGCGAUUCAGGUUCGACGUCGGUGUCGAGGGAAGCAGAUCUGGAGUCUAGAGAAGAUGGAGAACCGUCUGGUUGACAUGAGAGAGCUGUACCAAGAGUGGCAGGACUACCACCUCCAUCACCAGGACAACCCUGUGAUGCGUUCAUAUUUCCGUCGAGCAGACCCAUUCUUUGAUGAGCAGGAAAACCACAGUCUGAUAGGCGUUGCAAAUGUCUUCCUUUCCUGUCUAUUCUACGAUGUCAAGCUACAGUAUGCUGUUCCCAUCAUCAACCAGAAGGGGGAGGUGGCAGGGCGUCUUCAUGUGGAGGUGGUGAGGGUUGGCGGGGGAUUAGAGGACAAUAUGGCUGGAGGAGAUGAAUCAGACAACAACCAAGACACUGAAAUCCAGGAUCGCAAACUGGUCUGCAUGAUUAAGAUCCUACAGGCCACUGGUCUUCCCCAGUACCUGUCCAACUUUGUCUUCUGUCAGUAUUCAUUCUGGGACCAGCCUGAGCCCUUCAUUGUGGCUCCUGAAGUAGACCCAUCGUCCUCUUCGCCCAGCACUAAAGACCCUCACUGCAUGGUGGUGUUUGACAGCUGCAAGGAGGUGGCUGUGUCAGUAACAGAGGAUUUUAUAGAAUACCUGACUGAAGGGGCAGUUGCCAUCGAGGUGUACGGGCACAGACAGGCUGAUGCAGGAAGAAACCCCGCCCUGUGGGACCUCAGCAUCAUCCAGGCCAAGACACGCACACUUCGAGACAGGUGGAGUGAGGUAACACGUCGCCUAGAGCUGUGGAUUCAAAUCCUGGAGAUAAACGAGAACGGAGACUUUGUGCCAGUGGAAGUAGUUCCUGCAAAAGAUGUGCGGACCGGGGGAAUCUUCCAGCUUCGGCAGGGUCAGUCAAGGCGAAUCCAGGUGGACGUGCGUUCAGUUCAGGACUCAGGCACUAUGCCUCUGAUAGCAGAAAUACUGCUUGCAGUGUCUGUGGGUUGUGUGGAGAUCAGAAACACAACAGCAAACCAGGAAGGAGAUGAGAUGGACAGUUAUCAGGAAAGAGACCUGGAACGUUUGCGGCGGCAGUGGCUAGCAGCUCUCACCAAGAGACAAGAAUACCUUGACCAGCACCUGCAGAGCCUGGUCAGCAAAACAGAAAAGACAGAGGAUGACGUGGAGAGGGAGGCCCAGCUGCUGGAGUGGCGUUUGACUCUGACAGAGGAAAGAAAUGCUGUUAUGGUGCCCUCUGCUGGCUGCGGCAUUCCUGGAGCACCUGCUGAAUGGGUUCCUCUGCCAGGCAUGGAGACUCAUAUCCCUGUCCUCUUCCUGAACCUCAAACCUGAUGAUCUCAGCUCUCAAGACCAGUUUGAGGUCCCUGAGGCUGGAGGUUGGGAUGCCAUUCUGAGUGGUGAGGAUGAGGACGACUUCUUUGACCUACAAAUUGUCAAACACUACGAUGGAGAGGUGAAAGCAGAGGCAUCAUGGGACUCAACCGUCCACGAGUGUCCCCAGCUCAGUCGUGGGGGAACGUGGCCGGAGCAGAGGGUAUACCUGACAGUUCGAGUGGUGGUUCAGCUCAGCCACCCUGCCGACAUGCAGCUGGUCCUGAGGAAGAGGAUCUGCGUCAAUGUGAACCCAGGUCGCCAGGGUUUUGCACAAAACUUUCUGAGAAGGAUGUCCACCCGAAGUACCAUACCUGGCUGUGGGGUCACCUUUGAGGUGGUCUCCAACAUCCCCGGGGACGCCCCUGGCUCAGAGGACAGGGAGAUGCUUGCCAACCUUGCUGCUAGCGCACACAACAGCCAGUCAGCUGAUGAUGAGGCUGCAAUCGAGAAAUACCUCCGCAGCGUCCUCAGCCUGGAGAACAUCUUGACUCUGGAUAGACUCAGACAGGAGGUGGCAGUGAAGGAGCAACUGACUAGCAGAGGGAAGAGCAACAGACGGAGCAUCAGUUCUCCUUCUGUCCACAGGCUGUCUGGAAGUAGACAAGACCUGUCCACAACCUGCCUGGAUGAUAAGGGUCGAUGGGAGAGUCAGCAGGACAUCUUCAUGCCCUCUCAGUUUCACCGCACCCUCCCCAGGCCCGCCUCCUCUCCUUCCACCUACUCCACCUCCCCUUCUUCAUCACCCACCCCCUUUGGCAUAACAUCCCCUCAAAACCAGGAACAAGAGCAAGGUCGUUCAGGACUUGCUGCCUCUUAUCUUUCAGUUAAGGCGCUGGUUCCUCAGAUGCCCAAACUGCUCAAGUCUUUGUUUCCAGCACGCGACGACAAGAAGGAGCUGAGACCUUCGCCACACAACCAGCAGCAGCAUGUCCCUCGCAUCGUGACAUCAGGAGGGGACGACAAUCGAGUCAAGGCUGAGACGACUGCUAUUCUACGGCCCCCAACCAAAGACAGACGGGCAGAGUUCCCAGAUGUCCCUCCUCUUCCUGUGCAUGACCCGCAUGACAUCACCCCCCUCAGCCCCCUCAGCCAGUCAUCAAGCGGCUACUUCUCCAGUAGUGUUUCUACGGUUACCCUGUCUGACGUCCUCCAACCCUCCUCCUCGUCUUCCUCCCUCCUGGCUGCUGAGACUACGUUACCCACAAACCCCCAGCAGCAGGGUGCUGACAGGAACGAUGUUGUAACCUCUCCUUCUCAGUAUGGCACCAAGAUGGCCGCAGUCGCUCCACCCGCUUCCCACAGCUCAGCCAAUCACAACAAUGUCACUGCAGCGAACUCCUUCUCUGAACACAAGCUGGUCAACUCAGGAGGAGGAGGAGGAGGAGGAGGAGGAGGUGAAGGCUUUGAGAGGCUGGAGAUCUUUGUGGACGAUGAAGAGCGUAGCCAUGAUGACGUUCUGCCUGAUUGGCUGACAGAAGGGGCAUAUGUUACAGUAGGAAGCAAUAAGGCUGGAACAGUGCGCUACCUGGGAGUGACGCAGUUUUCUGACGGAGUGUGGGUGGGGGUGGAGCUGGACACCCCUAUAGGUAAAAAUGACGGCUCAGUCGGAGGUCAUCGGUAUUUCCACUGCAAACAGGGUUAUGGGGUGCUGGUUCGCCCAGACCGGCUGACCCUCCGCGAACGGACCAGUCGGCGCACGGCAGACUUCCCCGCUCCCGCUCAUGUCCCUGUGUUACGAGGAGAAGCCAUAGUUGCCCGUCGGGGGGAGAACCGCAAGUCCUGGAGCAGUUGAGACAGGGAAAGUAGGAGCUGGAUGGGAGAGAUGAACUCCCCACAGCCCUCCUCCGCCUCCUCCUCUUCUCUUCCUCUCCUCCCAGCUAUGCAACAGGCUCACACAUAAGAAGUGAAAUACUGCCUACCCUCUGAUAGUUUAAAACUACACUCACUACAUCCAUUCACAAGCACUGGAUGAAAGUAGACUAAAGACAAUGAAGAGAUCAUUCAGAACGAGUGCAAGCAAGUUGAUGAAAGACUAUGCAGAGUAUGUAGAAGUCCGUGGAAGGACUAUUUAUCAUGUGGGAAGAUGCUAAAUGAAUGGCGGUCAAUGGGAAGACUGCUGAGUGAAUGGAAAUCAGUGCUUUGUCAUAUUUAGAGUGUCGGAGCUCUGCGGGGAUGUUGAUUGGAAGCUGCAGACUCGAUGAUUUGCCUCAGAGAUGCUUUCUGAGCUGAUAUGCAGGGAUGCAAACUCGUCAUAUUUUAAACAGGAGUCACUUUAGAUCCCAGUUCACAUCUGAGCAUUGAUUUUAAACUUUCUUCUGGCAACCAGUCAUAGUUAUAGUUAUAUUCUGAUCUUUAACACCUUCUUCAAGCUGAAAACAUUACCUAAGUGGAGAGUGGUUUCUUUGGCAUUUUUAUCCUUCUACAAGUGUCCCUUUAAAUUAUACAUUUUGUUUAUAGGUGCUUUUCAGGACACUUACAGGUCACCUUACAGAUACAACAACAAAAAAAAACAACAAAAAAAACUUAAGUUAAAAAAAAGCAACAAAAAGUUAAAAAUAAGUAUAAGGUCAACAACAAUGGUCACACAGAAUAGGCAAGUCUAAAAAGGUGUGUUUUUAAUUUUAUUAUGUGUUCUUUGUGUAUGAGGAAACAUGAAUUUAGACUCUUAAGAAAAAAAAAGGUCAGAGUGACAUAAAGCUUUAACCAUGUCAGUCAUACUGUGUUUGCAUCCCUGGAUAUGAUGUCUCUACUUGUCCUGAGACUCUGUGUCCCAGAAUCCCCUGCUCCCCCUGCUCCGGCUGCCACUCUCUGAGACUCGUCUCCUCUUCCUGGACUCCCGUUCUUUGGACGAUUAAUCCUCCCAGAAUGUGCCUUCACCAUGGCUUGGUUUGCAUUUUUUUUUCUGUGUAUUUAAUUUCUGAUAGCUGUGUUUGUGUUUAUGAGAAUGCCUUGUGCAAAGUGUGAGGUGAUCUCAGGGAAUGCAGGGGGAAAGGACAGGGAGGGGUGUGUGUGUGUGUGUGUGUGUGUGUUUGUGUUUGUUUGUAAAUGUUGUACAGUGUUGCUGUGUGUGCACAAAAAAGUUGAUAUUGUCAUAGUUGUAUCAAUGUUGAAGAUUAUAUGUAUAAAGCAGGAAAAGUUGUGUCCUUGUUAGACAAAGCCACUAUGGGAGCAAGUUGUUUGUACUGGGAGGCUUUAAAAGUCGAUUUUGCACUGGAGACGUUGGUUAGGAAGCAUCAGUAUGUCGGCGGAACGCGUCUGUGGUCGUGGUGCAGCGAGACAGAGAGGUAGAUGAGGGUAAACAGAUUCCUCAAACAAACUAGUACUGUGCAAAUGGUUGAUGACAUAAAUUAGAGAGUACGUUCUCCACCUGGAUGUCCAUUCUUAAAGCUGUUGUGCUGGUUAUCCUCUGUGACUGACUUUUGGGCAGCAGUUGAGAGUAGUAAUGUGUGUUGUUGGUGGGAACAGGCAUGUGUAUGUGUUGAGGAAAAGGAAGUGAGAUGGACACGCAGAAGCUCUGCUGGGUAUUUCACGCUUGAUAAGAGAAUUGAUUUGCUUCUAUGCAUUUAUUCGUUUUUUUUUACAAAAUCUAGUUUUUAUCUUUUAUUUCAAAAUGAUUGCCACAACUGGGAGAAUGAGCUGUACGUUUUGGGAAAAAAGUCAACACAAAUGUAGACAGAACAUUCCUGGCAUGUCGUUUAGGAAAAAAACAUCAUGAUGUGGCAGACCUUGGGAUUUUUUUAUUCGUUUUUUCACAUUCCAGAGAGGCGCUAACAUUUUAUAUUGACCUUGCUUUUUGUAUAUUCAUUUAUGGAAAAGAAUUGGCAGUACAUCUUUUUUGUGUACCAUUUAUUCAUAAGAAAUGUAGAUCGAAUAUGUGUACUCUUAUUAUAAGUUAAAAGGGGCGCUCCACUGAUUUUACAAAUAAGAAAUUUACUCAUCUUUAGGAGUACUGCUCAGUGAAAAUAAUUGCAAAAUGUCUUCUGUAGCUCUGGAGAGCUUCAGCCCGGGAACCUGACGAAUCUGCAAGCUCAUGUUUUAUUUGCUCUCAAAUAUGUCUGGUCCACCUGUCAUUUAGAAAGAUUUCCGGUCAGCCAGGCUGAUCACAACCAUUUAUUCAAUAUGGGGCAUGUUUGACACGAUGAUUGACAAUGUGCUGAGCCUUUGGGCUGUACACAAAAUAUGUUAUGGCAUCAGUUUUGGCUUUCACACUGUUGUGCCAGGGAAACUAUGGUGAGCAUAAACCUAGAUAAGUAAAGAGGAGUGUCUUUGAGGUAUUUUUUGAUAACUGCCAGGGUGGCUCCAGCUGAUGUGAAACUCUCUAUAAUAAUUUCCAAUUCUGAUAACAAAAACGGCAACACUAGUUCACAGACAUAUUGAUGCUGCGCCAUCACAGCUCAUCUAUGCUUGCUGUGGUCUGUGUAUGUAUCAGUCAUUCUCUAUGUCACAUGUUUCAUUGCUCUGAUUGGUUGGAGGUCUACGGAGGCAUUUUGAUCUAGGGUUUCCAACUAACUUGCAUUAGCAGUUUACUCGGGCGAUGUCAGGCUAUGGGAGCUUUUUAAAGUCUGAGAAAGUAACCCCGAUGAUGUCAUCAGGGUUACUACAUGAAGACUUCAAAUUUCUAACAGAAAGCCUGUGUUAGAAACUGGGUGCAUUCAUGGAGUUUGAUAGACGUGGGCAUAUAUCCAGUGGGGAGAAUCACACAAAAGAAAAUAUGGAAUUGCAUUAUGGGAGGUGUAUGCUCUACUGUUUUGGAAGUUAGACCCAUAUUCCUACAUACUAAAAGUCACAAUAUCUCAGCCUUUGCUGCCUCGACUUUGACCUUUUUUCAGUAUGUUCUGUGUUGCCAGUUUCCUAACUUUGCAGAAUAACAAUCGCACAUUUUGGGAGUCUGCCUUUAAAAAAAACAGAUGAAGGUCAGUGUAAAGUGUUUGAUUUGAGUCCGGAGCUGGAGCGAUGUUGUCUCACCAAGUGAGCAGUAGGCAUGUGCUGAUAGGUUGAUUUAUUAAUGGAAAAUUUCUAUUUUUUCAUCAUCAUCACUUGGUGUACUUCAGAACCAUGUCUACAAACAGCUUUCUAAGUUCAUAUCCUAAUGAUGACAAACCUGAAUAUGCUAUUAUAUGCUGUUUCUAUGGUGACGUUGAUUUUAUCCGUGUGUACUAAGGAGUCUUUACAGAUUUCUGAUGCGAUGAUUUGACGGUUCAUACACAUGAAUAAUUAUCUGGAAUACAAUGUGCAUGUAAAGGCACUAAGUAUGUCCAAACACUAUCACCUUUAUGGAUACAAUAACAUUUUUCCAUUCCUUUUUAUCAUGUGUCUUCUUAAUUGGAGGCGCGAAAUUACUAUUUAUAUUUAAAUGCUUGUACACAUGCAUUUAUCGCAUGAAAAUCGAUAAAGCCUUUUUAUUUUAAUGAAUAUUGCACAAAUGAUUCCAUGUAAAUUGCUGCUAUUUGCAUUGUAAAUCUACCUGUAAAUGGAUCGAUUGAUUUAUCUAACACUCUGUAUCUCUUACUGUAUUCUAGAUUGGAAUCCAAUAGUUUGUUUUUAAUCCCAGAUGGAGAAACUGAAGUCAGCGCUUUGGUUCAGUGGCCAAUAUAUUUUUAAUAUGAAGCUGUAAAAUUGCUUUAAAAAAAAAAAAAAGACAGAGAGAGAGAGGCACUUUGUUAUGUGAGCCUUGAAGAUGGUGUAAGGUUGGAAAGAGUGAAGAAUCACUCCUGCAUAGAUUUUUGAAGAGGAAAUUAUAGUGUUGGAGUUGAGACGUUGAAGUAUGAGCUGAGGGGACAAUAUCACCAUAGUCCAGUUAUUAUCUUUGUACCUUUUAUUUGGCCUUAAAGCCCAGAACCCUGGAGUCCUCUGAUUGGUUGCUUAUAGGUGGCUGUUUGGUAUGUUAUUGGUUGGCAAAUUGUGAAGUGGUUUGUCGAUCGGACUCCUGUUCGAUGUUUUUCUAAUUAUGUGGUUCAUAAGAGUUUUGUGGUAAUGAAGGAAAGGAGUAAAGUUUUCUUGUGUAUUGUGUGUGUUUGUGUGUGUGAAUGUGGGGUGGACCUGGCUUUGAUUCAGUUGUGUCUGCGAGUUUUUGCCAAGAUGGGAAAUGACCACCAGCUGCCACUUUACUUAUUACACUUAAGCUAAGAGCAACAAACCUUCACCCUCCCUGCUCUCUUGCAAAAUUUAAAAUUCCAGUCUCUGUGGCUGGUGGACUUUCCCAUCCUGGUGUUUGCUCGGGGCACUGUCGAAGGGGUUUGAGAUCACUUCAAGCUUCUGGAUGUCCCUUUUUUUUGUUGUGCCUCAGAAACCAUGUGACCAUGUAUCUUCCACACACUGUUUUCAUAUCGACGCUUCAAUUCAUUUUGCACAAAAGUCUCCAGAGGGAAUGGAAAGAGUUCAUUUCUGAGACGCUUGUAUAUGUAGGAAAAAAAUAGGACCUGAUUUUAUUUUAUGAUUCAGUGUUGUCAAAUUACCUGUUCGUUCUUUCAAUUGUACUGAAAAUGUUUUAAUUUAAUUUUCUGCUUUCAGUUUCAAUAUUCUGCAGCCAUUUUCUAUCACUCACUGCUCAACUACCAUUCAAGUAAAAACAUAUACAUUUGUUGAAUUGGAAGCUCACAUCAUUUUCAAACACGUCUUCUCUUCCAGCACACAUCUUCCUCUUUAACUCCGCUCUGUUUGCAGCACCAUAUAUGCAUUUCUUUAAUAGUUUUACAGGUAAAGUGUGACUCUGACAUUGGAUAGAAAAAGAGCAGCUCAUGGGCUGCCCGAUGCACAUUAGCCAUUUCAAUAAGGAACUGUAAAAACUAGCAUUAGUGUUGAACUGUUUUGCUCAGAAUGGGUUUCAUGUUGUGACUUGUAUUUCAGUGGUCUCCAUCUGUGCCACUGUAGAGACUAGAGCAAAGUCAGCAGUGUUAUUUUUGUGACCGUAUCAACGAUUAGAACCACAUUCAGAUUUUUAUUGCUGUGAUUUGUGUCCAAGCAUAUUCAUAUAGAUCUGUAGAAUCUUCAGCCCUUCACACGAUUUCUUUUAUUACUGUUUUAUUUCUGUUUCUUGUCUUAAGUGCUUUUGUUUUGCUCAGAAUUUGGUCCCAUAUCUUUGUUGCAUUUCCUGUAGCUCUGUGGGACAACUGCUCUGAGGCAACAUGCCCCCCCUGCCUUAAAGGGACAGUUCACUACUGGUAUCUCCAACACUCUGCAACACACCAAAACAAUAUGAUAACUAGCGCUACAGGUAAGAGGAAACGUGUAUUUUUUGUGAUUUUGAGGUGUACUGUCCCUUUAAUUUGGCCUUCAGCCUGGAGCCAGACUGGUUUUAGCAGGAACAAUCCCAGCUCUCUAACUAAACACAUCACUGCUGUACUAUAAAACUGAAGCGCACUGUGCUGUUAUUUAACAGGAUCAUUCCAAAAAAACAGUAAAGUAAAACAAAUAAAGUAAAUCUUCCAAGGUUAUUUGGUCACAGAUGUUGUCAGGUUCAAAAGGGAUUUAGGAAUAAAAUUUUCAUUGAUCUAACCUCUUGUAUUACAGCCUUACUGGAGGGGAGGUCAUAGUGUUGCCUCCUAGUGGCUGCUGGCAAAUGUCAGAAAAGGCCUGAUGUCCACACAGGGACAUUUUUUUUACAACCAAAAUAAUUGAGAGCAGUGAAUUUACACCCCUCCACUGCCCUGCAGCAGCACGCCUGACAGCUUCUGCCUACCUGGGAUCAUUACACCGCCAAAAGGAGGUGGUGUUGUGUUUUAUAAUGAGUAGCUGGCUUGAGUUUUGUACUUGCCGGGCACUAUAACAUAUUUCCCUGCCUCAGUAGUGAGUGUUCACCUUUUUUUACUACCUCUUUCUCGCCUGUCCAGAGUUUUCUGCCAACUUCUUCCCUGAGGCCUUUCAGCUGACAAAGAGUUGUAACCUGCUUCACUACUGAGCUGGCUGCAUCCAGUUCACUUUGUGUGUGUACAGAAAUAUUAGAAUAAAUCACACAAACAAGCAAUACAUAGCUGUCAGGUGAUGAAAUGCAGCCUUGUUGCAGGUUUUUUUUGUUUAGGCCGGGCUCCCGAAAAAAUUCAGACGCAACUUUUGCUCUUGGUGCAUUUUAAGGGCAGUUGGUAUCAAUGUUGCAUUAAAAUUUCCUAGGUACCAGCAGCUGUAUUUAACUGAGCUGUGUAAUAACAGAAGCUAAUAGGAGCUUGAGGAGGGCUCGGUGCUCGCUCAGUCAGGGAGUUUUAGCAGAACCACCUGCAGAAAAGCCCCUCCAGUCCCUGUGAGUAACCUCUCACUCAGUGAGCUGAAGAAAAGUUUGAAUAAUGGGACAUGAGUGUAAUGCGGCCUCGGCCUGGUCAACAGUAUUACUAUAUCAUCCUGACUAAUCAUUAUCAGUUGUGUUUGUUGCUACUGUUGAUUCCGUGGCACGGGUUUGCCUUGAUUUGUCGUGUAUGUGUGAGUGCACCAUUGGAGUGGUUGUUCCAUGUAUGUAUGUGUAUAUAUGCGCAUAUUAAGACUUAUAAAAAGAAAAAUCUGAGCACAAGUUUGGGUUUUGAUUAAUUUAAUUGUUUUAUGUAAUUCUAUGCUGCAAUCCAAAGAAUAAACAUGUAUUAUAAUACA